AUGCCUUUUCCUCUCCCUGACCAUCUCCCGCAGCAGCUCAACGUUUCAUCGAAUGUUCUUUCCAAGUUCGACUCUGUAACAUUACAAUCCCUGAAUUCGUCUUUUGCAUCCUCAUGUAGGGCUGAGCUUGAUGAAUCCAUCCGAUUGACUAAGACAAAAAUUCAUGACAGAAUAUGUGCAGAUUCUUCUAACUUCCAAAGACAGCUGUCUUUGGCAAAGUCUCUCAAAGAACGACUGGACACGCUUUCCGGACAUGUCCAAGUCUCAAGUGUUACGCUUUCGGACUCUAAGGCGUGUUCCGGUCUAGUUCCGGUCUUGCUUGAAGCUUUGGAAGCUCACCAAUUACUCGCCCAAGAGUCCUUGGAUGCAGAUGUCUUGAGUGAUUCUCUUUCGCACCUUUAUGAAUGUAGAGCACAGCUGGAUGCGCUGCAGAAGCUCGUUGACGUAGGGGAUCUGCCUCCGGCUGUAGUUGCGUGUCAUGCUUUGAGUUCCUUGCUGGUUUCCGUUCCCGGACCACUCAAAGACGCAUCGGUAGUAUCUGAAAUGCAGGCUCGGCUGCGUGUGCUUAGCAAUCGUGUGGAAGAGCUGCUCAGCGACGCUUACACUAAGAGUGUUGUUGUGAACGCGUCAGAAGUUAUCAUCAAACCAUUUGUGCUGAUGCCUCGGUCACUGAAGCCCUUACCCCUUUCGUCUGUCCUCUCAUCGAUCAGCUCCGCAUCACUGGCAUCGCAUCUUUCUACCCUGAGGAGGGAUAUUCUAACGCACUACAUCGAGUGUUCUUUUGACCAGCCGACGUCACUUACAGUUAGCACUAUGAAGGAUAAGUCUGGCGCUUUGAUGCACGUCCUUGGCCGAUUCCCUUCGUCACCAAAUACCACUGACACAGGUUCUCCACUUACCAACGUAUCCACCGCCCUCGACUUCUUACACAAACAACUAUUUCCCGCCCUCCCAUCGACGCACAAACACAGUUUUUCGCGAAGUCUUAGCAAACCCAUAUCUACUGCAGUCCUGACCCGUUUGCUUAUUCCUGGUCUGCCUUCACAGCUCGAAGCUCUGCCUACUUUUUUACAAAUUGCAAACAAGGCAGUGGAUUUAGAGGACAAGUACAUCGUUGGGAUGCUUGAUGCGUCUAGCGAGAGCGAAAUCAAAGCUUGGGUCAACAAUGUCUGUACUCAUUAUGAGCGACAACGGCGGUCACACAUUCUCGAUUCUACUCGCAAACUUAUCAUUCAAAGCAUAUCUUCUGAGCCAACAUUCUAUGCCCAGUUACCUCUUUCACAAGAAACCUCUGACAAGGCUGGACCUGCGCCUGCAGACGAAGGCGAUGCAUGGGGACUUGAUGACGACGGCCAGAGUUUCAAUACAGGAUCCUCGAGGUCUGCGCCAGAAGAGGAGAAUGUCUGGGGCUUUGACGAUGAUCUGGAGGAGGAAAAGGAAACUCAACAAGCUGAACCUGUGGAAGUAGUUGAGGAAGACCCGGGGGAUGCGUGGGGCUGGAAUGAUGAAGAGCCCGCACCUGAAGAACUAGUGCAAACAGAAGACCUGUGGGAUGACCCAUGGGGUGAAGAACCUGCCCUAUCGGAGGUUACUCCUGCUGUGCGGACAGUACCUGUCUCAUCCCAACGCCCGUCUGCGAACUCUGGACUUGCGACGCAAAGGAUCUCUCGCCCCUUAAACAGUACCUCUCAUCAUCCUCCUAACUCAGGGCCCGUAACCGAGCCAUAUUUGGUAUCUACUCUUGCGAAGUCAAUCAUUCGCACGGUCGAGGACGCGUUGCACGAAGGACAAGGACUAUCAUCUUCGGGUAUCUUUCCCACCUCACCAACAUCCAAAACGACGCCCGGGAUACUCAUCAUGCAGUCCGGAGCACUGGUGUUAGAUUUAUAUCGUGCAGUGUAUCCUAUCGUCGCUGCAGCACGACUCAAGGAGGUUGGUCGCUUGGUUACACACGAGCGAGAAGCACUUGUUGUAAAAGACAAGUUAGAGGAAUGCAAGAGUGUCUUGCAGGUGUUAGCCGACAGUUGGUAUCAAGAUGGCAUUGACAGGCAACGGACGGCCCUGCGUGACAUUCUAGCAGGUGCGAAGGGCUUCACAGACACGUCAGACCAGGAUCGGUAUGAUGACUGUGAGAUGGCCAUUUCCAGUGUCGUUCGCGAGGUCCGAAGCGCCGCGAACGCAUGGAAGCCUGUCCUCCCUAAGAGCAAGUACUACACUGCCGUGGGAGCAAUAGUCGAAGUUUCAUUGCAGCGGAUCCUUGAGAACAUACUUGCAAUUCCGGAUAUCCUGAGCGAGUUAUGCAGAAUAUUGGCUGCUCUUGAAGGGCUCUUCGUUGAAGACUUCAGCGAGUCAUCUUUCGUGGUGUCAUACGUUCCGUCGUGGUUGAAAUUCUCAUAUCUAUCUGAACUCCUGGAAGCUUCCAUGGCUGAUCUCACAUAUCUUUUCGAGGAAGGAGCUUUGUUGGUGAAACUUGUACGUGCCUUGUUUGCAGACACACCACUGAGGACGAAGACUCUAGACAAAAUCAUGGGUGGACAUCCAGUCCGGUGA